UGUCGUUGAUAGUCGUCUUCGUCGAUGUCAUUAUUGGUGUCUUGUCGUUCUUGUCGUUUGUCAGAGUCACCGUUUGUCAACGUUUCGCUUGUUGAAGUCGUUUUUUGUCGACGUUUUGCUUGUUGGUGUCGUCGUUUUCUGGUGUCGACAUUUAUUGAAGGCAUUGUCGUUUAGUCAUCGUCGUUUGAUGGUAGUUUCGCUUUUGCCGUCGUUACCAUCUGUUGACGUCGUUUUCUGGUGUCGACGUUAUAGACGUUGUCGUCCAGUCGUCGUCGUUUGA